UCCUUCAAAAUCAGAUGUUCGUAAAUAUUCUUUGAGAUUAGACUAUAAUAAACAAAACAUUGAGCACAUGUAAAAAUAAAAGAAAUUGACUAAUUUCAAAAAAUUUCAAACAAUGAGGCGAACAUUUUUAGUACCGAAUUUGGACCCUUUGAAGGAGAUUCCAAGUUCUGAUUCAGACAAAAUUGUUGUUGUUUCUAUCAUUGGGAAAACUGCCUUUAGCUCUCAUGGAUUCAAAGUUAAAGAACUCGGUAGAAUGUUUUCUUCUGAUCAUCAAAGGAGAGAUUCAGAUUUAUGGCAUACUAUUGAGGGAUAUUAUGAUGAAGAGAACCAAAUCGUUUAUUUACAUGCUCACACACUUUUAGACACAGACUGCCUCUUAAAACACUAUGAAUCGAUAAGAAUUAGUGAAAGAUACAAAAAUGAUGAGUAUGAUUUUCUCUCUGUUUAUGAUGAAGUAAAAAAUAUUGUUUCUAAAAUAAUGUUAUUCCUAUUUUACUCAAGUCAUAUAGUUAUUUUAUCUCAUCCUGGAUCAUCAUUUGAUACAAAUUAUGUUCAGUAUUUCAAAGCUUUAAAUACUUUAAGUCAGAAAUUAACAAGCAAAGCACCAAAGUUUUUCGAGAACUUAGAUGAUAUAAGCAAGGACUGGUUGAUGAAUGGUAGAACUUGUAUUCCAAGAUUAUUAUUUUAUUUUGAAAGAUGUCCUAAAGGGGUCACAAAUAUUAAAAAAUUGGAGCAUAAUAUGGAAGAUAGAAUAUACCAUAUUUUGAAAAAAACUAGAAUACUGACAGUUCCUUAUCCAAUUUUUGCAUUGCCUUUGAAUCAAGAAUUUGUGUAUGUUUCUCAAGAACCGGUAGUAGAUAUUAAGAGAGAAAUGUUGAGAGGACUAAUAUCAGACUGCCAACCUGGUGGAGCAAUCACAAUGACAGCACCCUUUUCCACACAAACGGAACAUGAGCAUAGCUUUAAAAAGAUGCUGAAAGAGCAUAUUAAGCAAGCUAGAAGUAAAGGUUUUUACGAUCCAGUUAUGCCAAGGCAAUCUUCUUAUAUGGCUUCUCAUUUUGAACUACCUCUUCUCAGCACCUGGGUCGAUGCUACAAAAAUCAUGUACGACCGCGUGAUUAUAACCAAAUUUUCGGCUCAUCUCAAUAUAGAAACUAAAUUUUCUGAGCAAAGAUGUUUGAAAGUCCUUCCAAUAGCUUUAGCCAAAUAUCAGGAGGGCUUACCUCCCCAUUAUGGAAAAGCUGAACACGAGGCUCGUUUGGCAGUUGCUUUGAAUCUAUUCCGGGCUCAAGCUAGAGGAGCUCUAUAUCCAAAAUAUGCGAAGCAGUUACAAAAAGAUUGUCUUGACCACUGGACUAAUGGUAGACAGCAGUGUGAGGCACCUUCUUUGACGGGAAAUCCAUGCAAAUUGCCAAAACACGACUGUGACCAAGACCAUGUUAGCGGUUUUGUGUACAAAGCUGCUUGCGAUUGUGGUAGAAAGAUUGGUUCCAGAGAUGACCCAUACAAUGCUAAACAAGCCAAUUACACAUUUUACCAACAAAUGGCUAAAGAUUGUUAUUGUUCGAAAGUGGAAAGGAUACCAUUAUCGAUAUUGGAAUCUUCAAUUGAACCACACAAAUCUGCUUGUUCAGAUAGUGAUGAUAAAGACGAGAAUUCAGAUACGGUAGCCCGAGUCAUUUCUUCACAAUAUUUGAUCGGAAUGCUAACCCUGAGCUCGCCGCCUGGAUUUCUUCCAGAAUUUUCAAGCUGGUCUCUAGUUUCCAUAGGAUUAUCCUCUUUAUAUAGUCAUAAUAUAGGUUUAUCGGAAUCUUACCAUCCUGGUUUUCUCAGUUCCACGAAUUACCUGCUUCCAUGGGAUGUAACAGUGUAUGCUAAGACUAAAGCUAACAUGUGGCCACAGUUAAGCAGGUCUUCAAAUAGAGGGAGGAGGGGGCGUUCCACGGGAAGUUUGCCGCAGUUUACAGUGAAAGUAUUCAUCGGAAUGGAAUACGAAUGUCCACAGGGACAUAAAUUCAUGUUGUCAUCUCCUGAUAAAAUAUUGAAAGCGACUCCUGGGAGCAUGGUGAAGGAUACGGGACACAAAAUAGCUGAGUCCGAUAUGCCCCUAUACUUCCCAUGUGCUUGUAGAGCAGCUAAAAUUGCUCAAUUAAUGCGGAUUCACAUAGUAACACCUAAAGCACCUGUACACUGCACGUUGAACCCUAGAGUACAACCUGCAGCAAAUGCGCCAAUUUUUGUACCAACUUUUGAUGGGCCUCUAAAGCUAUCUCAAUCCUCCUACUGGGUGUUGCGAUUACCCUAUGUGUAUGUGGCUGAUAAAGAGCAUUUUCCACAAAAUACUUAUGCAAGACUCCUUAAAGACACAUUUGGUGUAAGCGAAGCUGACUGACACAAAACAAAUCAGAUUUGAGAACUUCAGGUGUUUUGGAUGUUAAUAUUUUGCUCAUACUUAUACAUUAUUCACAAUUGUCGAGUAAUCAAGCUUCUCCCAGGAAAAUUAAGUUCUUAACUAUAUCAAAUUUAACAUUUACUUCGACUGAUUUAAAAAAAAAAUAUUACUGAAGGUGUUGCAACUGCAAUAAGUAAUUGUAUAAGUCCAAGAGUAAAAUUAAUUUAGUAAAA